GUGGCUGUGACGUGGUAGGCUCCAUGAGCCAGCAGUGCAACCUGAACACGGGCUGCUGUGCGUGCCGCGAGCAGUUCACCGGCGAGAAGUGCAACGAGUGUAAGCUGGGACGCCGAGACUUCCCACAGUGCAUUGCGUGCGAGUGCAACGCCGCCGGAUCCACCGCCGACACCUGUGACGUGGAGCAGGGAGUGUGUGCCUGCGCCGACCGCACCGGACAGUGCUCAUGCAAGGCGAAUGUGCAGGGUCUGAGUUGUGACGCGUGUCGUGCGGGCACCUUCGGCCUGACGGUCUCCAACCCGCUGGGCUGCAGCAAGUGCUACUGCUACGGCCUGACUGGGAAGUGUACAGAGGCCCUCGGACUCAUCAGGAUGUGG